AAAUUAGGUAGAACGGCGGGACUUAUAAAGUUGCUUUGCAUAGUUGUGUAUUUGUAGGCUUAUCUAUGGUUUGGAACGGAAAGUCUCUUCGCAAUUUUGAUGCGUUUGCAAAACCACUCAAGGAUUUCCGCGUGAAAACACUCUCAGGAGCAAUAGUCUCAAUUUUGAGUAGUUUCAUAAUCGGCAUUUUAUUCACAUCGGAACUGCUCUCAUUUAUGCACCCUCAAAGUAAACAGGAGAUAAUUGUAGACGUUAACCGUGGAGAGCAGAUGUCUAUUUAUUUGGAUAUAACUCUGAACCAUAUACCCUGCUCACUCCUUCGAUUAGACACAAUGGAUACAACGGGUGCUCAGCAGCUGAACGUUAUGCAUGAAAUGUUUAAAACCAGUGUUUCACCUGACGGGACUCCCCUUUCGGAUAGCGUUCGUCAUACUGUCAAUGAUCCUUCGGCUAUCGAAACGGCAAAAGACCCUAACUACUGUGGUUCUUGUUAUGGGGCAGCUUCUCCUAAAAGAAAGUGCUGCAAUACAUGUGAAGAAGUUCAGUCGGCAUAUCAUGAGAUGCAAUGGGUGUUCACCAACGCUUCAGCAUUCGAACAAUGUCGAAAUGAAGACUGGGACAACAUGAAGCGAAAGAUAGGUAGUGAAGGUUGCAGAAUUCAUGGAAGUCUGACCGUCAAUAGAGUUGCUGGAGCCUUCCAUAUUGCUCCUGGUCAUAGCUACACCGAGGAGCAUACACAUGUGCAUAGUAUUCAGAGUAUCGGACUCGUUCAAUUUAACGUAUCCCAUUCAAUUGGAACACUUCGUUUCGGUGACUCAUAUCCUGGUCAAAUUAAUCCACUUGACAAUGCAAAGAUGACAAUCGAAAAACAUUCACAAAUGAUCUCUUAUUAUUUGAAGCUGGUACCGACAAUGUAUUCUAGCGUAAGUAGACAGGAAGGCAUUCUAUUAACUAAUCAGUACUCCGCUACCUGGCAUUCUAAAGGUACUCCCCUAUCUGGGGAUGGUCAAGGGUUACCUGGUGUAUUUUUCAACUAUGAAAUUGCUCCUUUACUUGUGAAAAUUACUGAAGAACACAAGUCAUUUGUACAUUUCUUAACAAAUACAUGUGCAAUCAUUGGUGGAGUGUUUACAGUGGCAAGUCUUCUGGAUGCAUUCAUUUACCAGUCCUCAUGUGUAAUACGUAACCGUUUCAAUAAAACUUAACUGUAACUUAUUCACUAUAGAUAAGAAAUUGUUGUGUACACAAACUUUAUCAAUUUUUUGAUCGUUGUUACCUAUUCCUUUAUUGUUUUACUAACUGUACUUGUCUUUCAUUUUCUUUCAUUAGUGUAUCGUAGGUUGGAUUAUUUUGACUUUGGUUUUGUCUAUACACUGAAGGAUUCCCUAAGUCUUUCCAUUUUGCCUUUACCUACAGCACCUACUUUUUCCUUCUUAUACAUACGUAUACAAAUGUAGUUGAAUUACAUAGAGGACACUUGUAAACUCCUUAAACGUGAACAAGUCUUACUGUUUUACAAAGACUUAGUAAACGUUUUCAUCAUUAAGUUCUUACUUUAAAACGUUGUAGUCAGUGUUUAAUAACUAGAAAUAAAUAAAUCUGCGCCUCGGUUGGUUAAGUAAUAUCCAGUUGUCGAUUCUUACUUUCUAAAAUGUUUCACCUGUUAACUUAUCACAUGGCUAAAGGUAUAUACUACUCCUGUACUAUUCAUGUUUUCUUCAAUAAGUACAGAAUUUCGAAGGUAAAUUCACGCGUUGUUUCAGAAUUUUUCCUUUUGAUUGAUCCAUAUGUGUAUGUUUAAACCAGAAAUAUCCGAGAGAGGGAGAGAGAUGUCUAUGAAUAACAUAUGUUUACUUUGUCUAAUAUGCAUAAAAAACUUAGCUUACUGAGUGGUCGUCAAGUUAGUAUCAUCCUUUUAUAACAUCCUACACAGCCUAACAAAAUACUCAAUUCGCUGGAAUGAUGGAAUUUUCAACGUUUAUAUCCCCUAGUCUAAUGAGAAGUGCACUUCUGUUGAUAUUCAUAUAUGUUAUCCCGCUAGAUAGUUCUGUAAGAACGAGAAUAUAGUUGUUUGAUGUUCUCCA